UACAUGCUUAUAAUGUAAGGUUAUGUUUCCUUAAAUUUAUUUAUUAUUGUGCGGGUGUUGUAAAUUUUCUAUUAAAUAAAAUGGUCAGAAAACUCAAAUAUCACGAACAGAAGCUUCUGAAAAAAGUCGACUUUAUUUCGUGGGAGGUUGACAAUAAUUUACAUGAAGUAAAAGUGCUGAAGAAAUAUCACAUUCAAAAAAGAGAGGAUUAUACAAAGUAUAAUAAACUAUCCAGAAAUAUUCGCGAAGUUGCCAGGAAAAUUAAAGAAAUAGAUCAGAAACAUCCAUUUAGAACAGAAAGUAGUGCCCGAUUGUUGGAGAAAUUAUACUUAAUGGGUUUAAUUCCAACCAGAUGGGAUCUCAGUUUAGCAGAGAAAGUCACUGCAUCGUGUUUUUGUAGAAGACGAUUAGCAGUACUAAUGGUUAGAAACAAGAUGUCGGAAACUAUAAAAAAUGCGACCAAAUUAAUCGAACAAGGUCACGUUCGAGUCGGUCCCGAAUUAAUAAAAGACCCAGCUUUUCUCGUCACAAGAACCCUGGAAGAUUUUGUUACGUGGGUAGAUAGUUCGAAAAUUAGGAAACAUGUCUUGGAUUAUAAUGGAAUAAGAGAUGAUUUUGAAAUGUAAGAAGAUUGUUGCCGAGAAGUGAGGAAUUUCAAGUUUAUAUUUAAUAAAUAGUUUUUAAUUUAUAUUUGACUUUUUUUUAAAUACAAAAGGAUAUCUUAUGUAAACAAGGCCAUAAAGGAUGAAGUUUCUACGUAUCAUUU